AGAGGACGCCCUGGAGGACAGACAUUGUGGAGCACAAAGAGAUGCGCCGAGACAGACGCACAGGAACAGCAGAUGUGUUCACACUGAGAAGCUGCUGAUGUUGAAAUGUGUCACUGUGGUAACCUGUAAGGGAGGAGAACUCUGAGCCACCUGAUAUCACCUGCUCGGUGGUCGGUACUCACUCACGGACCCUGGAGUCCCAGAGGGGGUCUCGGCUCGGCGCCCUCCUCCAGGGUUUAGGAGGAGCGCCGGGAAUCUCGCCCAGGUUCCUGCCGGGCUUCGUGUCCUCCGCCGGGGAGAGCCAUGGCUCCGAGCGCCGGGAGAGACGCGGCUCGACGCGCUCUCGGAUGCCGGUGAUGCGGGGACUGAUUGCGCCACAAAACACCUUCCUGGACACCAUCGCCACUCGUUUCGACGGGACCCACAGUAACUUCGUCCUGGGGAACGCUCAGGUCCAGUCCGUCUACCCCAUCGUCUACUGCUCCGACGGCUUCUGCGAGCUGAGCGGCUUUGCCCGCGGCGAGCUGAUGCAGAAGAGCUGCACGUGUCACUUCCUGUACGGCAGCGAGACCAGCGACCGCCUCACCUCGCAGAUGCAGAAAGCCCUGGAUGAGCGGCGAGAGUUCAAGACCGAGAUUGUCCUGUACAAGAAGAGCGGCUCCAAGUUCUGGUGUCUCUUGGACAUUGUGCCCAUUAAGAAUGAGAAGAGCGAGGUGGUUCUGUUCCUGGUCUCACAUAAGGACAUCACUGAAAACAAAGACCUGGACCCUGGCAAUGAAUCAGACACUGAUGAGGAGAAGAGCUUGGAGAUCCGCCAGAUCAGCUGCCCAUCGGGCUUCAACGUGGAGCGCCGCCGCAGCCGCGCUGUCCUCUACCAGCUGUCUGGACACCUACAGAAGCAGGACAAGACCAAGAGCAAGCUCAAGAUCAACAACAGUGUCCUCGGAGCCAAUGCCAACCCGGUCCCCGAGUACAAGGUGGCAGACAUCCAGAAGUCCCGUCUCAUCCUCCUCCACUACGGUGCGUUCAAGGCCUGCUGGGAUUGGUUGAUCUUGCUGGCCACCUUCUACGUAGCCGUGACUGUUCCCUACAAUGUCUGCUUCACCACUGUGGAGGUACGAGAGGAGGGCAGCUCCGUGGCACGGAACCCGCCGAGUGUCAGCGAUAUCCUGGUGGAGAUCCUUUUCAUCAUCGACAUCGUGCUGAACUUCCGCACCACCUACGUGAGCACGUCGGGUCAGGUAGUGUACGACGCCCGCUCCAUCUGUGUCCACUAUGUCACAUCCUGGCUGUUUGUGGAUCUGAUUGCCGCCCUGCCCUUUGACCUGCUCUAUGCCUUCAAUAUCAGUGUGAACUUUGGGGUUCACCUGCUGAAGACGGUGCGGCUCCUGCGGCUCCUGAGGCUCCUGCAGAAGCUGGACCGCUACUCUCAGUACAGCGCCGUGGUCCUCACCCUGCUCAUGUCCACCUUCGCCCUGUUGGCUCACUGGAUGGCUUGUGUCUGGUACUUCAUCGGGCGCAAUGAGAUUGAAAGUAACAGCUCCAACUCCUGGGAUAUAGGCUGGCUCCAUGAACUUGCCAAACGCCUGGGAACGCCAUACUUUCUGGCACCACUCACCUCCCUGUUCGGAGUUCCUGAUUCACCUAUGGAAACUGUGAUGGCGACACUCGCCAAUCACAGCCAGUGGAAUGGCUCGGGCUCGGAGCUGCUGAAAGGGGCGGGUUUGCUGGACUCGGGCCCGUGGAACGGCAGCAGAGCCAGGGUAAGGACGCUGAACGGCUCAGGGAUGACUCUCGGCGGCGGUCCAUCUGUCAGGAGCUCCUAUGUGACAUCACUGUACUUUGCACUGAGCAGUCUGACCAGCGUGGGCUUCGGCAACGUUUCGGCGAACACCGACGCGGAGAAGAUCUUCUCCAUCUGCACCAUGUUGAUCGGAGCGCUAAUGCACGCCGUUGUGUUCGGUAACGUCACCGCUAUCAUCCAGCGGAUGUACUCGCGCCGCUCCCUCUACCACACCCGCACCAAGGACCUGAAGGACUUCAUCCGGGUGCACCGGCUGCCCAAGGCUCUUGAGCAACGCAUGAUGGAGUGUUUCCAGACCACCUGGUCCGUCAACAAUGGCAUUGACGUCAGCGAGCUGCUGAAAGACUUCCCAGACGAGCUGAGGGCCGACAUCGCCAUGCACCUGAACAAGGAGCUGCUGCAGCUGCCGCUUUUUGAGUCCGCCAGCAGGGGGUGCCUGCGCUCCCUCUCGCUCAUCAUCAAGACCUCCUUCUGCGCUCCUGGGGAGUUCCUAAUCCGGCAGGGAGACGCCCUCCACGCCAUCUACUUUGUGUGCUCCGGCUCCAUGGAAGUACUGAAAGACAACACUGUGCUGGCCAUUCUAGGCCGGGGUGACCUGAUUGGCUCUGACUGUUUGACACAGGAGGAAGUGAUAAAGACCAAUGCCUGUGUGAAAGCCUUGACCUACUGUGACCUCCAGUACAUCAGCCUUAAAGGUCUGCGCGAGGUGCUGUGUCUCUACCCGGACUACGCUCAGAAGUUCAUCUCCGAGAUCCAGCAUGACCUGACAUACAACCUGCGGGAGGGACACGCCACUGAGGUUGUUUCCUGUCUCUUUGAGGUUGUUUCCUGUCUCUUUAACGUUGUUUCCUGUGGUAACUUGUUUGCACAAAUCUCAUCUGUGCAUUGAUCUCCUCCACCCAGCAUUUUACACAGUGACGGAGUGAUGGCUCUGCACUUGCAAAGGAUUAGCCAUCUGGACUGGGAGUGAGGAGGAAGUGCAAAUGUCUUCUGCUUGAGAUGCGGCCAACAGAUAAGAUUUCUGCUCAUUUUGGUCAAUUCUAAUGCUGGGGAUUUACAGAUGGAACUCAGCUGCAGCAUGCACAUGAAUAACCAGCCUAUACUGGAAAUGACUGCAUCCCAUUGUCACUGCCAGUAAACCGGUUAAUUAGAGCAGACAUCCAAGAGAAACUGUAUCAUUACAAUUCACUGGCUUGUAUAUGGCCCAUAGUUUAAACACCUGGACACGUGAUUAUCAAAUUAACACUGUAUGUCACUGAGCAAACAGUAGCUGUAAUUUAUUAUAAUGUAACAUAUGAUAAAUAGACACAUUUUACACGCCAUGUCCUCAUCUCUGCAGCUCAGUCUAAGCAUCUGGUUGCAAAAUAAUAAUAAAAACAUGUUGUUAAAACUACACCAAUACCACAGUUCUUAUGCAAUUUCCAGUUGGUAAUAACAAUGAUACUAGUGUGGUAAUAAGGAGAAAAUCAGAAGUGUUAUUAUUUAUUUGAAAUUCACCACACACACAUACACACACAUUUUCCAUUGUUAUUACCAAGCUAUUACUUGGUGAUUAGUAUAGAAAUAAGAAGGUUGCUCCAUAAUAUUUCUUCCCUUUUACAAAAUUAGAUUAAAAUCAGGUCACUCCAUAAAAAAGAUGUUAUUUUUUCCAGUAAUUUGUAGCCCGUCUCUUAAAGUCUCUUUGUUGUGUUUUGUCUCAUACCCCACUUAUAUGUGAGUCUGAACUUUAUUUAUUUAUAUUUAGCAAACCCAAAGAAGAGAGACAAUGAUGUGGUGUACUUUAGUUUGUCUUUAUUCAUUGUCAAGGUCAAGUUUACUUACAGACCACAUUUAAACACAACCCCCCCCUUUUUGUCCCUUACCCUAACCUUAACCAUCACAACUACAUUAAACACCUUUAACCUAUCAAUUAUAACCCCUACAACAAGUCUUAACCCAUAAUCAGCCAUUUUAAGGUGUGACAGAAUGUGAGCACCAGCCAAAAAUGUCCUCACUGUUGUUGUCCUCACAAACAUGCAUGUACAAUGUGUGUGUGUGUGUGUGUAUCUAUGUGCAGCAUGAGCAGCGGUGUGUCCCUCCACCGAGUGUGGUGUGUACCUAAAUAUAGCGCUGUCAGAUGUGUGGAGGGGGGUUGGGGUCGUCCCUGGCUGAAUAAAUAUAGAGCGGCAACCAGAUACAGACGAGAUGGGGGGGGGGGGGCAUCAGGCUGAGAAGAAGAGGAAGAGAGAAGGACCAUGCUGUUUUUUACAUUCAUAUGCUGACACAGACUCACAACAUACAUGUUCACACACACACACAGUGACCAUAUAAUGCAUGCAGCAUCUCUCACAUGCUGGACACACACUCUGUUUUAUACCCACAAGGGCACACACGUAAUUCCUAGGCAUAUAUAGGCAUGCUGCAUACCGAGAGUGACACGUGCUACACACACACACACUUACACUUGCACACACAAAUACUGAAAUUCCCUUCUCCGCUCACAUCCCUCCAGGCAAACCUCUGCUAAAAUUAAACCUCUGUGAUCUAAAAAUACCAGCCUGGCACGUGAGUCAAAGACUGAAUGGAGAAGACAACAAAUGGAGGGAAGAGACGGUGAAGGGUGAUGAAGAUAGGGGAGAAAAUGAAGGGAAUAAUACGGGGAAAGAGGAGUCAUUAGCGUUCAAUUUCAGUCUGCAGGAGGUGUAGGGAAAAAUAUUUCUGUAUCAGCCACCAGCAACCAAACGCUGACUGAACUUUACUUUGAAAGGACAGUCACUUGUAAAGAGUCAUAAGCAUCUAAGGACCCUAAUCUGAGGCCAUAGCGCAGACAAAAAUGACAUUUAAAGAGACAAAACUGUCAGGAAACAUCAAAAAUAAAAUAAAAACAAAAGGACUUUUCUUGUAAAAAUAUGAAUUUCCUCUGCUGCUCUUGUGGGCUGUUAUGAUUUAAAAAGGCCAAGAACCAGUAGACCUAAAGGUUCCAGAAGGCUCUCUGAAGCAAGUCAGAUAAAUGUGAACACCAUUAAGAACUUUAAAAAACAACAAAGACCUUAAAAUGGAUCCUGAAACUCCAAGAAACUCUUCAUAAAUCUGAGAUAAUAAUAAUCCCUCAAAAAAACUGCUUGUUGUUUGCUUGAUUUUGAAUGACAACCCUCUCUAAACUGAAUGGAUUAUCAGCAUCACUAUGUGUGAAUUGUGGCUAUGCUCAGUGAGGCUUCUACAGUGCAUGGCUCAGCAGCUCCCCCCUCUGCUCAAAGAGUGACACUCGACUUAUUUUCCUCUCAUUAAUUCACAAACUCAUUUCCUGAUUCCCCAUGAAAUUCAAGCAGAUUGUGGGUCUGGGCUGUGUUUACACUGGGAAUGUGUCAGAAAAA